AUUUUGAUAAGCUUAAUUUUGAACAAUACCAACAUUUAAGUUUAAAAUAAAUUAACUUGACCUUCUCUUUUUCAGAUGGAAUUUGUCAUUGAGACCUCUUCUUCAUAAUUCCUCUCAACUUUUGGUCAUGGUCGCUAUUUCAAAAGGUUUUUGAGGCUUUGCUUUCGUGGAUCAUUCUGAGAUUCAUUUCCUAUGACAUUCAAUUUCCCAAUAUAGUUGCAUCAACCAGCUUCAACGUUAUUUAGUGCUAAAAAAAUGAGUGCCUAUAGUACAUUGGAGCUCACUCUCAGCGAAAUUCUUCGUGUGGUCAAUCCCUUGAGAGACGAUCGGUUGGCACGACAUCAAAUCAUUAACGAGCUUCGAGUUGUUGUUCAAUCUGUGGAAAGUCUUAGAGGUGCAACUGUGGAGCCAUUUGGAUCAUUUGCCUCUGAUCUCUUCACACGAUGGGGAGAUCUAGAUAUAUCGAUAGAUUUACCCAAUGGUUUAUAUAUUUCAUCUACUGGAAAAAGGCGCACACAGACUUUACUAGGGGAUUUACUAAGACCUUUGAGGAGUAGAGGUCAAUGGCGUGAUUUGCAAUUUAUCGCCAGUGCAAGAGUUCCCAUUCUAAAGUUUGAGAGAAACUACCUGAACAUCUCUUGUGAUGUCUCAAUCAAUAAUCUGAGUGGCCAAAUAAAAUCCAAGUUAUUGUUGUGGAUAAAUGAGAUUGAUGGGUGUUUCCGCGAUAUGGUUUUAUUGGUCAAGGAAUGGGCCAAAGCACAUGGUAUCAAUGAUUCAAAGUCUGGAACUUUUAAUUCAUACACUCUCAGCUUGCUUAUUAUCUUCCAUUUUCAGACUUGUGUACCUGCACUGUUACCUCCUCUUAAAGAAAUCUAUCCAAGAAAUAUUGUUGAUGACCUUAUAGGUGUGAGGGCAGUUGCAGAGAGACGUAUUAAAGACACGUGUACUGAGAAUAUAAACAAGUUUAGAUCGAAUAGGUCCAGAAGAAGAAAUCAAAUUCCUUUGUCUGAGCUUUUCAUUUCAUUCCUUGCAAAAUUUUCUGACAUUAGUUGGAGAGCCUCAGAACAUGUAAUCUGCCCACACACUGGACGAUGGGAAUAUAUUGGUAGCAAUAUGAAAUGGGCACGCAAAAAUUUUGCACUAUUUGUUGAGGAUCCUUUUGAGCAGCCAGUUAAUUCUGCCAGGACUGUUAGGAGUGAACAAUUAACAAGGAUAUCAGAAGCAUUUCGGACAACCCAUCGUGUGCUUAUCUCAGGCAAUCAGAAUCGGAGUUCUCUCAUUACAACUCUAGUGGGGCCUCAAGUAUCACAAUUUUUUCCUAGAACACCGCUCAAUAACCCUAUUGGCUACAGUAGGACUCAACCUCAAAUGCACAGGGCAGUCCACUCACCCUCACCCUCACGAGUGCAACAUCAUUUUCAGAACACAAGGGUUGAUAGACAUCCCAAUAACAAUAUCAUCGCGCACAGAACAGUUAGUGCAUCUCACCGUCAAGGCCAACAAGCCCGGAGACCAAGAUAUGAUAUAUAAACAGUGUCAAAUGGCCCAUGGCCUUGUGGACUAGUGGCAUGGAGGCAACUUUUAGGUGCUUGCAAGGGAGAGGUUGGGAGUUUAGCUCCCCUAGGGUGCUAAUCGAACAGUAUAUUAACUUCCGUCAAUAAAAAAAAAAAGUUGUCAAAUGUGCUUAAUGCUUGCUAAACAUUAUGUACUGCAGUUUAUUUGUGGAACCAAUAUGUUUGCUUAGUGGUUGCCUUUCUGGUUUGUUACCCUUUGGUGCAAAUUAAAAAGAAAAAAUUUCAUUCCCUUUUUCACA